GCUAGAGGAUAGAGAGAAAAUGGAGCACUUUUGGCCGUGGAGGUUUUUAAUACUCGUGCAAGUUUGCGAUUUUUGUUUGGUCGGUGCAGAAGGCAAAGAGUGGGAGAAAAUUAGAGAGAACAUAUCUGAUGCGGUGAAAGGUCACACUCCGUGCAACCCUGUCAACUGUAGCUGCCAUCUAAGUGUCCUACAACAUGACCUGCAGCCCUUUCAAGGGGGAAUCUCUGAGGACGUCAUGGCUGCGACUGUUCAAAGAGGGGUGGGCACCCACUACCAGAUCAUUGGUCACAAGUUGUACAGAGAACACAACUGCAUGUUCCCUGCCAGGUGCAGUGGGGUGGAGCAUUUCAUCCUGGAGGUGAUCGACAGGUUACCUGACUUGGAGAUGGUGGUGAAUGUCAGGGAUUACCCUCAAAUCCCCAGCUGGGUUCAGCCAACCCUACCUGUCUUGUCUUUCAGUAAGACCUCAGACUACCAGGACAUCAUGUACCCUGCAUGGACAUUUUGGGAGGGUGGGCCUGCUGUAUGGCCCAUAUACCCCACUGGGCUGGGGAGAUGGGAUCUGAUGAGAGACGACCUUAAAAAGUCUGCAGCACAGUGGCCAUGGAAGAGGAAAGAGUCCAAAGGAUUCUUCAGAGGCUCACGGACCAGUCCAGAGCGAGACCCUCUGAUCCUUCUGUCCAGAGAAGCUCCGGAGCUGGUGGACGCAGAGUACACAAAGAACCAGGCCUGGAAGUCUGAGAAGGAUACACUAGGGAGACCCCCAGCCAAAGAAAUCCCACUGGUCGAUCACUGCAAAUACAAGUAUUUAUUCAACUUCCGGGGCGUGGCAGCCAGCUUCCGCUUCAAACAUCUCUUCCUCUGUGGUUCUCUGGUGUUUCACGUGGGGGAUGAAUGGCAGGAGUUUUUUUACCCUCAGCUCAAGCCCUGGGUCCACUACAUCCCAGUCAAGCAGGAUCUCUCUGAUGUCAGAGAACUUCUACAGUUUGUCAAAGAGAAUGAUUCCAUCGCAGAAGAGAUCGCCAUAAGGGGUAGGGAUUUCAUCCUCGACCACCUGCGGAUGCAAGAUGUUUCCUGCUACUGGGAGAGACUCCUCACUGAGUUAAGCCAUCUUCUCACCUACAGACCCAAAAGAAAGAACAGCCACAACCAGAUUCUCCACCGACCCAGCAAGACGGAGCUAUAAGACAGAGACUCUGCAGGACCAGGGCAGUUUUUGUGAAGGGGAACUCUAGAUAAUGAAUGUAAUCACCCAACCACAACUAAUGAUUGUUUGCGUUCCGUUUUAAAAAAAAAAAUCAGACCACUUUUUUCUUAGCUAAUGGAAAGUCCAACGCUUGGAACAGAUACUUUUCACAUACUUUUCUAAUGACUUCAGUGUUUUAGUCUAAUGUAGAGCGUGAUUGGCUGAUUCCUACAGCCCAUGUGCCCUUGCAGGAGUAACAGUUCCAAGGGACAGAGCUCAGUGUUACACAGUCAUGGGUGUAGUUGAUUGACCUUGGCUUCGCUGCCAUAUCUUCUGGUGCCACUCGUAUGCCAAGACUUCCGAAAGUAAUCCCUGUUUUUAUGCCUACUGUCUAAACCCACCAGCAAAGAAACAUCCAUGUGGGAUGUGUUACUAAACUUUACGCAACUGUUACUCGUUAAAGGGGCAUUCCACAGAUUUUACACGUCAAGGUCAGUUUGUUCGUGAUACUAUUCAGCCCAUAAAAACAAUUGUAUAAUGUUUUCCGUGGCUCAGGAAAGGGAGAAAAUUUUUUUUUUUAACACCGUGCCUCUAUAUAAACUGGGGGUGUAGAGUUUGAAAGAUGUGGGAGGCAGUGUCUCAUGAAAAAAUGCAAUCGAAGUGCGCGAUGGGAAAUGUAGGAUCCUGUGUUUUUUGAGUUUGACCUAUACAGGGGACUAAAAGUCAUGAUAUUUCGACUUUUGCUGCUUCGCUUUUGACCACUGUUUUUUUUU